AUGCCUGCCAGCCGAGUCCUCGUUUAUCUGCUCCGCCGCGAUCUAAGAAUCUCCGAUAAUCCUGUCUUCCACCGUCUUACCUCGACUUCGGACCAUGGCUUUACUCACCUUCUUCCGGUCGUGGUCUUGCCACCUGACCAAAUCGAGACCUCUGGCUUCCUGAACCCUGCCCAAACUUCUCCCUUUCCACUAGCCAAGAGCAAAGUCGGCAACUUUUGGCGAUGUGGUCCUCACCGAGCAAAGUUCCUUGCCGAAGCUGUCUGGGAUCUCAAGGACACACUGGUCUCCCGUCACAGUGGUCUCAUUGUCCGUAUUGGAACACCGGCCGAUAUUGUCCGCGGUAUCAUCCAACACCUCCAAACUUCGGGCAACGCGGCUGUAUCUGCCGUCUGGAUGACCGACGAUGUUCCCAUCGAGGAAAGGCAACAGCAAGCCGAUAUAUCAGUCGUAUGCGAUAGAGCCAACAUCGAUUUCACCCUCAUCCCUGACGAGAAAUACUAUAUUGACGAUCGCGACCUCGAUAUUGCUACCCAGGAGCUUCCGGAUGUGUUUACAACCUACCGCAAGGCUCAGGAGCCGCUGCGCGAGAAGCCACGCGACGUAUAUCCCGACUCCAAGUCUCCUCUACCUCCAUUCCCGCCAGAGGCGUUAAUACCGCCACAGUCGAUACCAUUUCAGGUACCGGAUAAUCUUGACAGUUUUUUGAAAUGCCUAGUCAAACCCCUCGCUUUCGAAUUGCCCAACCCCCCUGCUCCACCCCCAGACGCUCAAUCAGCCCACCCUUUCCUCGGCGGCGAGCAGAGUGCAAUGAAUCGAUUGCAGCACUUGGUUAAGUCUGGUGCCGCUUCCUCCUACUCCGAUACUCGCAAUGGUCUUCUCGGCGCCGACUUCAGCACCAAACUGUCUGCCUUCCUUUGCCUGGGUUGCCUGACUGCCCGGCAAGUACACGGCGAACUAGUCAAGUUUGAGGACGGCACCGACUCACAGUACCAAGAAGCUACUGGAUAUGGCCAAGGGGAAAACAACGGUACCAAGGCUAUUCGUCUCGAACUCUUAUGGCGCGAUUACAUGCGACUUUGUACCAAGAAAUUCGGCGCAAAGCUGUUUGGUGCCUCAGGGUUUCGAGAGGUCGACGGAUACUCCAAGAAGUGGAAAACAGCCAACCCCGCGACCGCCAGCCAAGACCAAAAUCCCCCUCCGCAAAGAAUCGCCGAAAUGAUCCUGCGAGUUCUACAAGGCGACACAGGAAUGGGUCUCAUCGACGCGUCGCAGAGGGAAUUAUUCCUCACUGGCUACACGUCAAACCGAGCGAGACAGAAUGUAGCCAGCUUUUUUGCAAAACACUUGGAUAUCGACUGGCGCUACGGAGCGGAAUGGUACGAAUGCAUGUUGGUUGACUAUGACGCUUCCUCGAACUGGGCCAACUGGCAAUACGUCGCCGGCGUUGGCAACGACCCUCGCGGCGAUGCCCGUAUCUUCAACCCAGUCAAGCAGGCUUUUGACUAUGAUAAGCAAGGAGACUAUGUGCGCACCUGGAUUCCUGAGGUACGAGGCUUUGAAAACAUUGAAAACGUGUUUCAAGCUUGGACUGCGACGCCUGAGGAGCUUGAAAAGCAGAAUCUCGCCAACAACGUCAUGGUUACGGACCCACUCAAGAAGAUUGAUUUUACUGUCGACCGUAAACCCAAAUCGCAGAGACGGCCAUUCGUUCGGGGACGAGGUGCAGGCAAUGGACGAGGUGGAAGGCGUGGCGGCGGCGGCUCGUCCGGAUUCGGUCGCGGAGGCAUGCCCAUGCCCAUGCAGGUGCAGGUCGUCCCCGUUCCCAUGGACACGAUGAUCUCUGGAGGGCUUCCCACAAGUCCUCCCAUAGCUAUCAAUGGAGUCCGACUCCGAUGGGUAUGCCGCCGCCUCUGCAUCACGGCGGCGCUCCGCCGUCUCACCACUGGGGUGCCAACACCGGUGCCCCGGUGGUAA